AUGAGUAACACUAAAUUAACAUAACUAAUAUUACUACGUAAACAUUCUGAAGCAGAUACUUACUACUAUACCAAAUCUUUGAAUGAUUUCAUAGAUAAUGCAAGAUCAACUUAAGUUAUCAACUUUCAUUACAUUUUAAACUUAAAUGAUGAAGCAGAAUAUUUAAGAAGAACUUAUACUAUUAGUAAUUAAUUCAAUGUAUAAUAGAUGAAAUUGUAAAUAAAAUCACUUCCUUGGUUGAAUAUUACAAAUUUCACAAUGAUAUUCCAAGAUGUUUUAUUCCAAAAAUUUCUGAUAUUAUGAGCAAGUAGAGUAUUGAAAUCAAUAUUGUAGUUAUUAUGAUAAAAGAAGGAAAAUUGAAUAUCUUAGAAUUAAACGAAUGAUUGAAUAUCAAAAUAAAAUACACCCUGAUCAACCUUAAAAAAAAAUUAUAGGUGAAAUAUCUGAAAUGAGUAUUACUUAAAAAUCAGGCAAAAAAUAUAGUAAUAUUUUAAAUGAUAUAAUUGAAACUUCAAAUACUAUAGAUAAAAUUAAAUUCGAACUUAAUUCCAUUAAAUUAAAUGUUGAAGAACUAUAAAUAAUUUAAUCAAAUAGAGAACAAUAAUAACUAGACAGUUUUUUAAAACACAUAGCUAAAAAGAAAUAAAAAUAAUCCUAAGUUCCCAAUUCAUUAACUCUUAAAUUUCCAAUAGGAUUAUCAUCAAGAACUAUUAAAUAAGUUAUAUCAAGAAAGAUGAUAACUUAAUAAUAAACUUAAAUAACUAACCUUAAUUCAGCUAAAACUAGUAAACAACUUUCAUAAUAUCAAUAAUCUUCUUAGAUCUAACCUUCAUAAAAAAUCAACAAUAAACAACUUCCUACUCAAAAGGAUUUUAAUCAUUUUGGAUCAUUCACUUAAAGAAUUGUCAAAGAUAAUCCACUAUCUAAAUUGUUGUCUCCUUUACAUAUUUAGUUAGUAAAUGUCAAUAAGUAUAUUCAAAACAUAAUUAAAUAGUCCAUCUAAUAAAUGUAAAACCACUGUAUCUAUUUCAAAAUAAUUUAAAAUUACUGACUCACUGAAAUUAUCAACUAAAUUUCAUUAACAUACUAAGUCAGAUUUUUAAUUCUUUAGAAAAAUAUGA